AUGGCGCUGCUUCUUGACCGACGAGGAGACGAGGUCCCCGUCACAGAAGAAGUGGUCAAGGCGGCAGCAGGGAACAAGAGGCAUGGCAAGGAGGUGAUGGCGCUGCUUCUUGACCGACGAGGGAAAGAUGUCCCUAUUACGGAAGCAGCAGUUUCUACUAUUGCCCGAGGCUUCAAUAAGGAAAGAAUGGCGCUGCUUCUUGACCGACGAGGCGACGAGGUUCCCGUCACAGAAGAAGUGGUCAAGGCGGCAGCAGGGAACGAGAGGCAUGGUAAGGAGGUGAUGGCGCUGCUUCUUGACCGACGAGGAGACGAGGUCCCCGUCACAGAAGAAGUGGUCAAGGCGGCAGCAGGGAACAGAGGCAAUGGCAAGGAGGUGAUGGCGCUGCUUCUUGACCGACGAGGGAAAGGUGUCCCUAUCACGGAAGCAGUAGUUUCUACUAUUGCCCAAAGCUUCAAUAAGGAGAUAAUGGCGCUGCUUCUUGACCGACGAGGAGACGAGGUCCCCAUCACACCAGAAGUGGUCAAGGCGGCAGUAAGGAAUACAGAGCAUGGCAAGGAGGUGAUGGCGCUGCUUCUUGACCGACGAGGAGACGAGGUUUCCAUCACAGAAGAAGUGGUCAAGGCGGCAGCAUGGAACGGAGGCAAUGGCAAGAAGGUGAUGGCGCUGCUUCUUGACCGACGAGGAGACGAGGUUCCCGUCACAGAAGAAGUGGUCAAGGCGGCAGCAGGGAACGAGAGGAAUGGCAAGGAGGUGAUGGCGCUGCUUCUUAACCGACGAGGAGACGAGGUCCCCGUCACUGAAGAAGUGGUCGAGGCGGCAGCAUGGAACAGAGGCAAUAGCAAGGAGGUGAUGGCGCUGCUUCUUGACCGACGAGGGAAAGAUGUCCCUAUCACGGAAGCAGUAGUUUCUACUAUUGCCCACAGCUUCAAUACGGAGAUAAUGGCGCUGCUUCUUGACCGACGAGGGAAAGAUGUCCCUAUCACGGAAGCAGUAGUUUCUACUAUUGCCCAAAGCUUCAAUAAGGAGAUAAUGGCGCUGCUUCUUGACCGACGAGGCGACGAGGUCUCCAUCACAGAGGAAGUGGUCAAGGCGGCAGCAGGGAACAGAGACAAUGGCAAGGAGGUGAUGGCGCUGCUUCUUGACCGACGAGGAGACGAGGUUCCCGUCACAGAAGAAGUGGUCAAGGCGGCAGCAGGGAACUAUUGGUAUGGCAAGGAGGUGAUGGCGCUGCUUCUUGACCGACGAGGGAAAGGUGUCCCUAUCACGGAAGCAGUAGUUUCUACUAUUGCCCAAAGCUUCAAUAAGGAGAUAAUGGCGCUGCUUCUUGACCGACGAGGCGACGAGGUCCCUGUCACAGAAGAAGUGGUCAAGGCGGCAGCUGGGAACGAGAGGCAUGACAAGGAGGUGAUGGCGCUGCUUCUUGACCGACGAGGGAAAGAUGUCCCUAUUAUGGAAGCAGUAGUUUCUAUUAUUGCCCAAAGCUUCAAUAAAGAGAUAAUGGCGCUGCUUCUUGACCGACGAGGAGACGAGGUCCCCGUCACAGAAGAAGUGGUCAAGGCGGCAGCAGGGAACGAGAGGCAUGGUAAGGAGGUGAUGGCGCUGCUUCUUGACCGACGAGGAGACGAGGUCUCCAUCACAGAGGAAGUGGUCAAGGCGGCAGCAGGGAACUAUUGGUAUGGCAAGGAGGUGAUGGCGCUGCUUCUUGACCGACGAGGAGACGAGGUCUCCAUCACAGAGGAAGUGGUCAAGGCGGCAGCAGGGAACACAGGCAAUGGCAAGAAGGUGAUGGCGCUGCUUCUUGACCGACGAGGAGACGAGGUUCCCGUUACAGAAGAAGUGGUCAAGGCGGCAGCAGGGAACGAAGGAAAUGGCAAGGAGGUGAUGGCGCUACUUCUUGACCGAAGCCUACUGACCAGAUCGUUUAUCUCUAGUGCUGUUUUACGUAUUGCUGCUGCUUAUGGCCAACUCGACAUUCUUCGCUUCCUGUCCCGCCAAGCCUGCAUCGUCACUGUUCAAUAG